CUAAUCACUUAAAAUUAGAGCGAACUGAAGAUAACACAUGACAAUCAAUAUUUAAAAUAAUAAUUUUGACAGAAUUGAAGUGAGCAUUAUUUGCUAUUAAAUAUAUAAACCAGUCGCGAUAUAUCCGCGUGACUUUUAGACAGACAAUGGUUAUAAUUAAAUUAUAAAAUAUAAAUAAGCUAAAUUAUUUGGUAUCGUGAUAUGAAAACUUCACCGCGUCUAUUUAAUAUUUUUGUGUACGUCAGACAAUUAAUGAGCAUGGAACAAAUUAAAGACUUAUUUUACCUCCUUCAAAUUAUUUGUCAGCGGACUUUUACUUAUCUAAAAGACAUUGUUUUAACGGAAUUCAUUCCUUUCGUAGUAGACCUGAGUAAUUUCGAAGUGCGUGAACAUAAAAUCCGCUACCUGACAUUUUCAAAGCAAGCUGUCGCUGAUUUAGCGACAUUUAUUAUUAUAUUCGCUCUAUUCGCAACAUUUUUAUAUCUUUCUACCCAAUAUUCAGACGAAAUCGAACACUGUACACCUGAAAUUGAUCCUCCGCCAGAAAAUCCACCAGUAGUCGACUUGACAGAAGACGAAAAUGAUCGGGACUCUGUCUACGAAAUGCCGACAGUGAACUAUCCCUGGGGCGACGGGUCAACAGGACCUGAAAAAAUAAUUCCCCGUAGAAAAAAUCUGACGCAGCGGAAGUCAAGACCUUACUGCAUAUCGACGGACAACGAGUCCACGAGAUCGGCAAUCAGUAUUAAAAUGACCCAGUCGCAGCAUUCACAUUUAGCACCAACAGACAGCAAGAUUUUUAACCGCCCAGCCGAUUUUACGAACUCGUGGAUAAUUCGGAGGACAAGAAGUGGCCAAAUUUACGGAAAAUAUCCCGUCUAAUUGAUCAGAAAACAUAAAAUUAAAUUUUUCGUUUAAAUAUUCGGAGCCCUUUGAACUCCGGGACCUCUUGUCUUAGUUGACAAUUUUCAGAAAAAGAGGAAAAAAAAUAACCGAUUUAAUUUUGUAUCAAUGACCUCUUGGUACAUCCAAUGAAUGAUAGUUUAUAAUUUAAUGUCAUCUAUAUAUAAUGACAAUGGUAAUAGUAAUAAUUUAUUAGUACGUAAAUGCGACGUUAGAGAAAUGAAGUAAAAAUUAGAUAAGAUACUGAGAGUUCAUGCUCCCGAUUUGUCAAUUAUUCUUCGUCUGAAUAAUGAACCGCAUCAGGAGAUAGAGACUAUCAAAGACUUUGGAUUAAUGCAUUUACGUGCUAAUUUAUUUGAUACUUUACAUCGCUAACGAAAUUAUAUACAUUUUGCUAAUUGUAUUUUUUUAUAUUAUUUAUGUAACUUUGAUAUGUAUUUAUUUUUUUUAUGCAUUUUAAUGAGAAUCAUGAAUAAAAAAAG